AUGACUGAUGCUUUUACAACUUCUGAGGCUCCAACAACUACUGAGGCUCUACCAACUACUGAGGCUUUAGCCACAACUGAUGCUCCAACAACUUCUGAGGCUCUUACAACUACUGACGUUCCAACACCUACUGAGGCUCCAACCACUACUGAGGCUUUAACAACUACUGAUGCUCCAACGACUACUGAGGCUCUAACAAAUACUGAGGCUCCAAUCACAACUGAGACAACUACUGAGGCUCCAACCACAACUGAGGCUCCAAUAACUUCUGAGGCUCCAACAACUACUGAGGCUCCAACAACUACUGAGGCUCUUACAACUACUGAGGCUCCAACCACAACUGAGGCUCCAUCAACUACUGAGGCUCCAACAACUACUGAGGCUCCAACCACAACUGAGGCUCUAACAUCUACUGAGGCUCUAACAACUACUGAGGCUCCAACCACAGCUGAGACACCAACCACAACUAAGACUCUGACCACAGCUGAGACUCCAACCACAACUGAGACUCUAUCUACAACUGAGACUCCAACCACAUCUGAGACAAAUGCUACAACUAACGUGCCUAUUUCAACUCAGGAACCUACUACAACUGAUGUUCUUACUACAACUGAGGCAACUACUAUAACAAAGGUACCUACUACAACUGAUGUUCCAACUUCAACUCAGGCUGCCACUACAACAGAGGUACCUACUACAACUGAUGCUCCUACUUCAACUCAUGCUUCUUCUACAACUGAGGUACCUACUACAACUCAGGCUACUACUUCAACUCAAGCUCCUACUUCAACUCAAGCUACUACUAUAACAGAGACACCUACUACAACAGAGGUACCUACUCAAGCUCCUACUUCAACUCAAGCUACUACUAUAACAGAGACACCUACUACAACACAGGUACCUACUCAAGCUCCUACUUCAACUCAGGCUCCUUCUACAAAAGAGACACCUACUACAACGGAGGUACCUACUACAACUCCGGCUCCUGCUACUUCUACAACAGAGCCACCAACUACAACAAAGGUACUUACUACAACUCAAGCUUUUACUACAACUCAGGCUGCGACUACAACUGAUGUACCAUCUACAACUCAAGCUACUACUACAACUCAAAUUACUACUACAACUCAGGCUCCUACUACAACAGAGACACCUACUACAACAGAAAUACAUACUACAACUCAAGCUACUACUUCAACUCAGGCUGCCACUGCGAUUGAAGUACCUACUACAACUUAUGCUACUACUACAACUCAGGCUCCUACUACAACUCAGACCCCUAGUACAUCAAGAGCUUCUACUACAACACAAACACCCAUUACAACACAAGCAUCUACGACUACACAGGUAUCUUCUGCAACACAACAACCUACUACAACUGAAGCUCCCGUGAUUCAAUCGCGUGGCGUCUUUUUGGAGUACGGCAUAGCAGCCGGUGAUCAGGCCUCACCCGUCUCUGACGAUUCAUGUUUAGUGCCCAUCAAUCUUGGAUAUCGGAUACCAUUCCGCGGUGUGGGGUACAGACAAAUAUACAUAUGUCCAAACGGCCUUAUUUGCUUCAAGCAGCCAUUUUCGGGCUAUUUCCCACCAAGAAAUAGUCGAGGUUACAGCACUGACUUUAAGGGAGCCGUUUGCAUCGCGCCUUAUUUUGCAGAUCUAUUGGUGAAACGCGAUCAGUUGUUUUACCAUUCGUACGACUUUGCAACAGUUAGCAACGCUAAUGUGAGCGCUAAUGUGAAGAGCUUCGUUAAGGAAAGCUAUGGCGAGGCAAACUUCGAGCCUAUCUAUGUGCUGAAGGCCACGUGGAAUGCGGCAACACGAGUUGGAGGGAGUGAUAGCGUAACGUUUCAAGUCAUUUUUACAACCAACGGUACUCAUUCGUACUCGUUCAAUUGGUACCGUGAUGGCGGAAUGCUUGAUUCGUUUGGCUCACCCUUUAUUGGUUACAUGGCUGACGGCUACUUCGAGGGACUAGACAAUACAGCCGACGGCAGCUUCUUACGUCGAGCGGAUAAAAAUCUGAAAUUUAACAAACAAUACAAAGGUGCCGUCAGUUUUGAUUACACAGGUCAUACAAAUCUUGACGCUAACGAUCGACUAACGUGCAAAGUCUGGUACAAGAAUGAGAGAUCAAAGGUAUCUCAGUAUGAGACCAUGGCCAGGCAAAUGCCUGUUUGUCCUUGCUUUUUGGAUUGGUUGCGAUGGGACCGGAGUUUCAGUUUGUGGGACUACACUUGGCACUCGACUAACGUCAUCCACGUACCUAUGGAACCUACGCGUCGUUCACGACCAUAUGGAAAGUCAUGCGCCUUUGAUGUCUUAACCGGGUCUUUCAUCGGCUUUGGGCAAGAAGCCGGAACUUUUGCUUCUGUGAAUCAGUUGAUCGAUCUCCGCAAACAUCAGUUGGAAGACCUGAACUACAGGGAUGUGUGUUGUGAGAGGACAGACCUCUGUGACCUGUACUGGGAAGUCAGGCCUCUUGUUUCGCAAUGUUAUUCGUGGUUCCCGUUCUCGCUGCGAGCCCGUGGAGUUGGUGAUCCUCACUUCAACACGUUAGAUGGCGCAACCUUCACCUUCAACGGCCAUGGCGAAUAUGUGAUGAUGAAAAUAACUGAACCAAACAUAGUACUCGAAAUCCAAUGCCGAACACAGAGAGCAAAGAGAGCCACCGGGGAUCUAUCCGACGCUACCGUGUUCUCCGGCUUUGCGAUACAGGGCGACGGCGUCUGGAUGCAAGUGGAGCUGAACGAGGCAGGAAACAGGACACAGCUUUUCGUGGGCACGAAUAAAACUUCGUGGGCGGACUAUACGAAUGACUACUAUAAACCCGAAACUAUGGUCAUCAAAUCGGUCAUUGGACUGACUGUAUCAAGAAACAUGUCUGAAAAAACGAUUUCGGCCUUUUUCAGUGAUUCAGGUAUAACAUUCAAUGUAACAGAAGGACACGGGCUUCUUCAGAUGGCGAUUGCGAUGCCAAAUACUUUGAAAAACAAGAAUACCGUUGGGUUGCUUGGCAACUACAAUGACAAUGAUAAAGAUGACUUCAUACCACGUGGUGCCAACACUUCCCUGUCUAGUCCUUCCGAAAGACAAGUUUUUGAGAACUUCGGCAGCAAAUGGAUGACUACCGCACAAGAGUCCGUUUUUAAAUAUUGGGACGGCCUCACCCACGCCAAUUUCAUUCAAGCGAAUUUUACUCCGAAAUUCCUGGAGGAAGCCAGCGCUACAUUACGAGCGGAAGCAGAGAAGAAGUGCAGUGGAAACCUUCAGUGUGUAUUUGAUUUAGUCUUCACCGGAAAUGAGCAACUUGCAAAAGAUACGGAAAGUACCGAAGAGCUUGCAGUACGGACAAAUCAGGCAGCAAGCAAUCAAAUCCCGAAUAUAACUGUGGUAGCAGGAGCACAGCUAGUAGGCAACAAGAAUAUUUUGGUACUUAAGGUCAAUGAAUCAAAGUCAAUAACUGUGAAAGGCGAAGACGAUGGUAGCACAUUAAAUUACUUAGUUCUCGGAAACUCAGGUGCUACGCUUGGUAUAGAACAAGCAGACAAAUCUAGGAACAUUACGUUGAAUGUGACAGACACUUCUCCCAAAAAUUUGAGUGUCACUGUCACUGACAGCAAGAAUGCGAGCGCUCCCAUUAUGGACAUUGUCCUCGUGGUGUGUUCUCUGUGUAGCAGUCACGGCACGUGCAACACGAGCUUGUUGAGAGAAACCCAUGGCAACCCUAACUACAAACUAGCAACAUGCCUAUGCGACAAGUACUGGACAGGCGAUGAUUGCCAAACUGACUUUGACGCGUGCGCAGAAAACCCUUGUUCAGUCAGACGCAACUGCACAGACACCAAAGCAGAUACACACAAAGCUAAUUCCUCCUUACCGGCAUACACUUGCACUCCGUGCCCCGCGGGCUUUGAAGACAAAAAUAAUAAGUGCGAGGAUGUAAACGAAUGUAAUAACCAGCCAUGUGGUCUGCAUUCUUGCGUCAACACAGAAGGAAGUUUCUCGUGUGUUUGCAAUGCCGGCUACCGUUUGUCUUCAACCAAUAAAACCAUAUGUAACGACAUCAACGAGUGUGAUGAGUCUACGAGCGGUUGUGACCAGAUCUGUAACAACACCCAGGGCAACUUCACAUGCUCCUGCUUUUCCGGCUACACCUACAAUUCAACGUCAAAACAAUGCAAGCAAGAUACGCAACUCAACGCCUGUACAGGUAAAUGUAACGGCACAGACGGAUGUGUGGAUAUUAACAACACAGCCAAGUGUUUCUGCAAAGCUGGUUAUAAGCUGAACGGUGACAACACACGUUGCGAAGAUAUUAACGAGUGCAAUACAACUAAACCGUGUUCACAACAAUGCAACAACACUGAUGGAAGUUACCAGUGCAGUUGUUACGAUGGAUACAAACUUUCAGUUGACAAAAUCACCUGCGAAGUUUGCCCAUUCCCCAACUACGGCGCUAAGUGCUCUAGAGCAUGUCAGUGCGGGACUGGUUCCGAUCGCUGCGACCAUGUACACGGAUGUGUUUGCAAGAAAGGCUGGACGGGAACCGACUGUGCCACAGACAUUAACGAGUGCAACACGCCCAAUAUGUGCGUUGACGCCAAUAAAGUGUGCACAAACACUGUGGGUUCUUAUGCGUGUACAUGUCGAGCAGGAUUUGAGAAUAAAAAUGACACAUGCGAAGACAUAAACGAAUGUGCGAGACUGGACCUGAACACGUGCAGUCAGACUUGCAACAACACGAUCGGUGGAUUUACCUGCUCCUGUAGGGAAGGCUAUCUCGUUGACACAACAGUAUCGACGCAGUGCAAAGAUUUUGACGAGUGUGCAGCAAGCGUAUCAGGAUGUCAGCACAUUUGCCUCAACAGUGUCGGUCGGUUCAGCUGCGAAUGCUAUUUUGGUUUCGAACUUAAAGAAGACCGAAAACAAUGCGUUUUAGUGAAUGACGUGUGCAAAAUAGAAUUUCCAGAUAACGACUGUUCGCACAUUUGUAGAGGGGAUCUUCAAACGGAAACAUAUCAGUGUCUAUGUAACACUGGCUUCAAGCUUGGAACUGACAAUAAAACGUGCAUAGAUUUAAACGAAUGUGAAAAUGUCAAUACAAGCGAAUGUUCUCAGAUAUGUGAAAACACACUUGGUGGAUAUCAGUGUAAAUGCAAUACGGGCUUCAAAUUAGCAAAUGACCAACGCACAUGCUAUGUGUGUGACGCCUUCCAUUUCGGCGACAACUGCGCUAAUCCGUGCGACUGCGGUGUGGGAGCCGAGAGGUGUGACAGCGUGACAGGAUGCGUUUGCAAACAGGGCUGGAGCGGCGCACACUGCACCAUCGAUCGCGAUGAAUGCGCGGAUGCAAAAACAUGUCCGGGCAGUAAUACCAUGUGCACCAACAUACCCGGAUCUUACCUGUGUGGCUGUAUGACGGGCUAUAAAAAAUUUGGCGCAAACUGCGUUGAUAUAAACGAAUGCUUGGAGUCUGAAGAUUGUGAUCAGAUUUGCACGAACACGGCAGGCAGCUACGAGUGCAGCUGUAAUCAAGGUUACGUGCAAAAUGGCAAAGAUUGCAUAGACAUUGAUGAAUGCGCGAACGGACAAGCUAAAUGUGCUCAGUUGUGCACAAACACUGAUGGCGGCUUCCGUUGCUCGUGCAACGAAUUUUACAUGCUUGGCGACGACAAAAAGACUUGCUUACCGCAGCAAAACUGUUCUACAUCAAACUAUUGUACGAAUGGUGUAUGCGCCUUGAUAAAUGCCCAACCAACAUGUACAUGCAAUGCAGGCUUUUCGUUCCAGACAGGAAACGCAACAGUGUGCGAAGAUAUUAAAGAAUGCUUAUCAAAUCCCUGCUCGCAAUCGUGCUUGGAGACAGAGGGAAGCUAUGAAUGCGCGUGUAACCUGAAGGGUUACACGUUGGACAAAGACCAGAAGACGUGCAUUAAAUGUCCAACCAGAAACUACGGUGCAAACUGCACUUCUGUGUGCACCUGCCACGAAACAAACACGUUAGCAUGUGCAUUUGACACUGGCAAUUGUACGUGCAAGGCAGGCUGGGAAGGCACAAACUGCGAUCAAGACAUAAACGAGUGUAACUCAAGUCCAUGCACUGCAAAUUCAGAAUGUACAAACACGUCCGGGUCGUACAUAUGUAACUGCAAUACAGGCUAUUUUAAAUCUGGAGAUGGGACAUGUCAAGUUUGUCCGUCAUGGAAAUAUGGUGAUGGAUGCGUGAGUGACUGUGUGUGCAACACAAAUAACUCGCUAAGUUGCUCGAAAACCAACGGAACAUGUACUUGUAAAAAUGGAUGGCAAGGAAACAACUGCACCACGGACGUCGAUGAAUGUGCAUCGAACACAACCAUUUGCGGUGACUCUUUGAAGACUUGCAAGAAUGAGCUUGGGUCUUAUAUAUGCGGAUGUAAAACCGGUUAUACACUGAUAGCAGGCGUAUGUACAGAUAAAAACGAAUGUUUGGAAGGUACGCAUAACUGCACUCAAAAGUGUACAAACAGUAUUGGAGGAUUUGAAUGUGGAUGUAACCCUGGCUUCAACGGCUCUGGCAAUAAUUGCGUUGCUUGUGCGGAUGGCAAAUGGGGUGUGCAGUGUAACAGGAGUUGUGGAUGCGUAGCGACCAACACACAAAUCUGUGACAAGGCCACCGGUUGCACCUGCAAGACUGGAUGGAAAGGAAUCACGUGUAGUGAGGAUAUAGAUGAAUGCUCAGAAGGGACCCACAAGCUUGGAACUCACAACUGUAGCGCCGCCUUCAAACAAUUCUGUCACAACAUACAAGGAGGGUUUAAAUGCUCGUGUCUGAGGGGGUUCACUGAAAUAACCAACGGAACGUGCGUAGAGGAAGUCCCCAUAACAACUACAUUAGCCCCAUUUGAGAACGCCGUUAACAUUUCCAUCAAAAUUAAUGUUUCUUCUGUGAAAGUGAGCCAUUUAAACUUUUCUGUGAAAGCGACUUUCGAUGAGUGGGCAAUCAAAUUGUCCGAUUCGAUUAUGACUUACUAUCGGACAACGAUGGGCAACAGAGUGGAAAAGGUUAUAAUUCACAGUAUCAAAAUCGGUAGCUUGACUGUGAACCUCACCAUUAUAAAGGACAACAGCGUGGAAGCCUCAAAGAUAUUUGCAAGUACAACACUGAAUCUGAACAAUGCUACACUGGUCUUGGACAACGAGUCCUAUAGGGCGGAACUUCAGGCAGUUGGAUCAAUUGAUAUCACGAAACCUUUAAAUGAAGUAAUGUGUGAUAUCUACCAAAUCGAUCGCGGUAAUUGUGGUAAUAAAUACGCAUGCGUGGUGGUGGGUGGUCAGCCUUCCUGCGAGCCUGUCAAAACGGAAGGCGAUUUGGGACUGGCGCUCGGUCUUGGUAUUGGCAUUCCUCUUUUCAUCCUCGCCUGUCUUGUUGUGGGGGUCAUAGUCCGUUAUGCAGUGAAAAGCCGAAGAGACAAUCACUCAACUGAUGGCGGAAGGGAUGCGCUAAGUUAUGGUUUCAUAACUCGCGGUAUGCCAUUAAAGAUCGACUCAUGGCGCCGAAACGACCCUGUGUACAAGAAGAACAGUAGUAAAUGGGACUCAUUUUAUUCGUCUACCGUCUCCGAUGAAGACCGGAAUGUUGAGCAUGAUUAUCCAGCCCAGGAACGCUAUGUUGGCGAUAAUCAGCCUUCAAAUUUCUCAUGGGACUUCUUAUACCGGUACAUAGACCCGAACGAAUCAUUCCACAUACAGCGCCCACAGGCCAAUAUAAGACCACACUCUGUAUACGAGGAGGGAACACAUAUGUGAACAGAAAUCAAUACUGUACAUGGAAUAUGAGCAAAAAUGCUGACAUGCGAAGGGUAUUCCAAAGAAGUGGAUCGUCAGUCUUGUAUGAUCACUAUCUUAAACAUUUAUAUUUUUAUGAAAUAUUUUUUUAGUUUACGUACAAUGUCAACAUUAUUUUUAUUAUAUCUGUUAAUCUGCCAUAUCGGUGAUAUAAAUUUGUGUAUGUAUAUAUCAAAUCAACGGUACUCAACAUAUACGAAAGUGAUAUUUGUUUUUAUCUGAUACAGCAACGAAGUUAGGAUAUGAUCUCAUACAAAAUAGAAGUAUUUGUAUUUUAUAGUAUCGCAUCAUUAGGUUAAGCUUGGUCAUACAGUACUUUACAAUUGAUCGACAGAAGUGAAACUGUGUGGGCUGUCUGAGUACUUUCGAAGUGUUAUUUUGUUGCGAAAAAGAAGAAACAAUAAUUGACCAUACAUACUUAUUGUGUGUCCCUUUUCUUCACACUUAAAUAAUAAUACAUUAUACAUGUAUGCACUUUGUAUUAUAAAUUGAAAUGACUGUGAUGGACCUAUCUGGCAAAAAAACAUUUUUUUUAACAAAUGUGUAAAUAUUUUUUGUUCUGUUAAUGAGUGUUUGUAAGAAUGUGUAGUUUGUCUCUAUUUUGGUGCCUAUAUAUGAACAAUAAAAUGAACCGAGUGCAAUCAAGUGAUUCGUGUGUGUGCAUGUCUGAAUGUUAAUUAGUAAAACAUGUCUUUCCAUAUAUUCAAAUUGUUUAUGAGCAUAUCAAUUACGUUAUUUACAUAGUCCAUAAAAAUUGUAAAAAGCUUUAAUUAACAUCUUGUUAUUUUAUACAUUAAUUAAUUAUAUAUAUAUAUAUAGUUUUCUGUUAUACUCAAGUACAUAUCAAACAUAUUUAAUAAAUAAAUACGAUGUUAUAUUUUAUAAUAAU